AUGCAACCUGCUUAUGAUGCUGACGAUUUUUUUAGUCGCGGAUUUUUGGGAUCGAUUAUUGGAUUUGGGUCCAGAAAGCGGGCAUCGUCGAAAACAGGUUGGAAACUUUUUGGGUUAGAGAGGUUAGAGAGACUAGAGACGCAGAGGGUUUAGAAAAAUGGCGUCAUGAUUUGAAGCUAUAAAACUGUGCAAAGGUCUGUUAUCAAUAUGUCUAGAAAAAAUGGCUGUCAUCAAAAAUAUAUCAAGCUGUUUUUUUGAUACAAAGGGGUCGCGAAAAUUUAUUUUCGAGUUGGAAAAAAUGAAAAGUCUAGUGUUCUAGAGAGGCUGGGAUCAAAAUUUCAAAUUUCAUUCUGAUUUUUUGAAAAAAAAAUUCAAAAUUUUUUUGUUGACACUGCAAAGAAUCAGAAAUUUCCCACAGGAAAUCAAUUUUUGCAGUCUCGAAGUUCAAAACUUAUGAAAUCUUACUAUUUCCUAAUGGUUUUUUAAUGGAAAAAUUUCAAAUCUCUUUUUUCCCCACUAAUAAAUUCAAAAUUUUUGGCGCCAAACACGAUCAAAAGCACCGUUCCUUUUAGUCACUAAGCAAGCAAACAAAUAAAAUGUCUCGCCGUCUGUCGUCUCCAAUUCUCACACACUCUCUCGUUAUCAAAACACAGAAAAACUAUAGUUACUUUUGCCUAUUGCAUCAUUUCAACACUUUUUUCAAUUCAGACACUUCAACCACUACAAAACCUGUGAAGGAACCAGCUGCGCCUUUAACAACCCAACCUACAGUACCGCAAUCAGUUGUUGCGGAAAAUCCAGUCGAGACCCGAACAGAAGCUGAUAUUUAUCGAGAAAUUGUCAGUGAAGCUGAACUUUGGGAACAAAGUCAACCGGUAGGUCAAAAACUCGGAUUUUUUGGGAAAUUUUGAGAGGGAGAGCGAGAAAAAUAAGUAAAACUCACCAAGAAAAAGUGCACGUUUUUGAUCGCCAGAAAAUUUCUAUUCACUAUCUCAAAUAUAUUAAAAAGCCCUUAUCUAUCAAUUUUUUUUGAGAAAAAAAACUUGCAUCAUCUUAUUUCAUCUCAAUCUGCGAACAGAAUAGAAGACCGACCGAAAAAUAUAUAUAUAACAAUCAUUUUUCGUUUUUGCUUUGAUUUUUAUUGAUCUCAGGGUACUGUAGCUUGAAUUUUUUAAACGUUUGACUGUAAGGAACAAUUUUAAUAAAUCUUUGGUCUAUAGAAUUUUCGGGAAUUUCGAAUCUUAUAAGAAUACUGUAGAGAAAAAAGCUCUGAAAAUUACCCAAAUCUCUUUAAAAAUUCCAAAUUUUUUUCCAGACAACUCCCGAUUUCUCGUGCCCAACUUCACCAUUACCACCCCGCUUGAUUCCACACCCACAACAAUAUUUUAUUCCACCACAACCCGUUUAUAUUCCACCUGGUUCAAUGAUGCAUCACGAUGCUCAAAAAAUCUAUCCACCUUAUCAUAUGGUGAUGACACCAGUUGCACCACAUCCAAUCCCCGUUGAUCAAAAUGGUGUGCCAUUGGGAAAUCGUGAGUUUUUUUUGUUUUUUAGUUUGGAUAAAGCUAAUUGAUCUUGGUGAGAAGUUUCGAAAAUUUUAUGAGAUUAUUUUCAUGUUUUUGAUUUAUUGUUUAUUUCAUAAGUUUUUUGGAUGGCUAAAAAGAAAAGAAAAAAUCUUGGUGAAAAAUUUAGAAAAUAUUUUGAGAUAUUCUUGAAACAGUGAAAAUUUUUAGAAUUUUGUUUGAGAAAGAUAAACUUGAUUUUUUCGGAUUUUUAGAACUCUCAAAAUUUCAACCUGAAAUAAUUGUUUUUUAGAAUGCCCAAUGGCUCCUCCACCAUACUUCCAACAACCCCAACAACUUCCACAACAACCCUCCGGAAGUGCUCCACAAAUUCCCUACGAAGUCAAACGAGAAAUUCAAGAGCAUCUCGUCAAUUCCGGAAACCCCCAAGUUUCCAUUGAGGAAAUCGUAAAACUCGUCGUAACCGCGUUGAAAGAUUCGAACAUUGAAGAGUCUGGCGGAAAAGAGGAAUCACCAGAAGAGAUUCUUCGUCGAAAACGAGUUCAGAACAAUUUGGCUGCAGCCAGAUAUCGAAAACGUCAACGAGAAGCGAAAGAUUCUGCAGAGCUAGAACUUGGAGAUCUUGCGAAGCGAAACGAUGAACUUCGAUCGAUGGUUGCUAAAAUGGAAGAUGAGAUUGCGCAACUCAAACAAAUUGUGUUGAAUAAAUAA